AUGGAUUCCAGUAAUUCUCUACAGAGUAAGCUGGAAUGUCCUGGGGAGCGACGGAAUGCAGGCCUCAGAGUGGUGACCUUGGUGUAUGCUGCUCUGUCCAUAUAUCUACUGACACAAACUGCGCAUCCGGCGGGUGCUGGAAAAUAUCCCACUGCGCUUUCUCUGAUUACGGCCACUAACGCCUUCGCCCUCAUAGGCAGCAUCUUUGGCUUCCUCGUGACUCUGCCCGCGUGCAUGCAGAAGACGCUGGGGAGCCUGACAGUCUUAUGCUUUACGGUCUCUUUCUUUCUUGGGGUAGCUUCUAUGAUAUCAGUCAUCUUCAGCUACUUCAGCGUCUACUGGAUCGUCUUCACUUGCGUGCACAUCUUCUUUUCAAUGGUGGCCGUGGGUGCUUCCUACGCACAUUUCAGGGGACUCGCCAGCCAGGAAAAGCUUGAGGAGACAGUUCCUAUAGCUGCGUCGCUCCCCCAAGUCACAGAGUCUGUUUAA